CCUACUUUAAUUUUUUUUAACUCGCAUAAUUUUAUCCUCACACUGCGUCCCACUUUCAUACAGGUGGGGAGAUACUUCUCAUAAAAACAAAUAAAAUAAAAAAAUCAUAUCCCCCCACUGUUGAAAUGUUAUAUAUAAGUAGAAUGCACCAGUUGGGCUGUCUGGUCACUUGAGCUAAAUAUUAUGGAUUUUCUAUCUCCCAAAUCAUCGGCCAACAAUGACGUGAAUAUUUUAGACAAUACAGUCAAUAUGACAACUCUUUAUUCUUUUAUUCAUUCAUCACAAAUACCGAUUGAUAAUAUAUAAUGAAAAAAAAAAUUCACGAGUCAGUAUGGUGAAACAAAAAUGCACAUAAUUAAUCAUUGUUAUUCCUUAUUUCAACAUGACAAUUUUAUUCAACAGUAAUUACAUCUGGACUUUCAAUGAUUUUUUAUUGUUCAAAUGUUAUUUGCCUUAUUAAAAUAACUGAAACAAAUAAUUAAUUUUUUUUUUUAAAUUGACGUGAUAAAGAUAAAUAAAUAAAUAAAUAAAUAAAUAAGGUGAUGGCACUGGGUCAAUAGAUAUUCUAUUCAUGAGAAUUGAUUUGUAUGUGAGAAUGCAAAAAAAGUUGGAGUAGGAGUGAUUGUAAAGUCUGUUGCAGGCAUUGACAUCUCUUAACAUUUUACUGUGAAGCGUGUUACAGUCCUGACUGCAUGUUGUAGAUUAAAAUUAAAAAAUUAUUAUUAUUCAUAAAAUAAAAAAAUAAUCAUUGUUUAUAAUGAAUUUAUUUAACUGUGAUAUUAAAUUUUUAUUAUUAAGUAUUAUUAUUUUUUGUGAAUUUUUAAUAACUGAACAGCAACCAAUUUUAUCGAGGAAUACAUAUAAAGGACUGAAAGGGGUUGCUCCAUCAGAUUACGUUUUCGAUUCAGGUUUUAAUCGUGCUGUUUAUUUUUAUGAACAAACUGUUGCUGUUGUUGAUAUUAAUAAAAAAAAUGAAAUGCUCAACUGUGAUAUUAUUGAAGUUUAUGAAUCAAGUGAAGCGAAUGAGGUAUUGGGAAAUUUAUCAAAAACAGUUAAACCAUCAGAAGUUAAUUUUCAACAAAUGACAAAAUUAAUGCACAGAUGUGAAGUACUUGAUCUUAUGCAGAGAUAUGAUGUCAAGGAAAAAAUUCAACCAAAAGGUGCUUUAGAGCGUGCUAAUGUUUUUGGUACAAAUGCUUUGAAUUUAUUGUCAGGAAUAUUACCAGGCACUAAGUGGUGUGGAACUGGGGAUCUCGCAGCAAAUUAUCACGACCUUGGCACAGAGAUUGAAAUUGACAAAUGUUGUCGAACUCAUGAUUUGUGUCCAAUUAAAAUAAAAAGUAAAAAAAGUCGAUAUAAUUUGACAAACACCUCAAUUUACAGCAAAUCUCACUGUGAUUGUGAUAGAAUUUUUUAUAAAUGUUUAAAAAAAACUAAAAAUUCACAAGCAAGUUUAAUGGGAAAACUCUAUUUUAAUGUUGUGAAAGUUGGAUGUAUUGAAGAUUUACCUGAGAGAAUCGACGACAUAUCAACAUCCCGAAGAUUUGUACCAAGUCAACUUUCAUUUUAA